AUGUUAAUGCCAGCACGGGUGCCAUCGACUUCAAGAUUCCUGAAUCCAUGUGUGGUAGGUUUUGCUGUUGUCGCAGUGGUCGUGAUCCUGGCAGUGACUGUAGCUCUGCUUAUCCACUUUUUAGCUUUUGAUCAAAAAUCUUACUUUUACCAUAGCAGCUUUCAAAUACUAAAUGUUAAAUAUAAUGAUAAGUUAAAUUCACCAGGUACACAGGAAUAUAGGACUCUGAGCGGAAAAAUUGAAUCUAUGAUUAGUGAAACAUUCAAAGAAUCAAAUUUAAGAAAUCAGUUCAUCAGAGCUCAUGUUGUCAAACUCAGGCAAGGUGGUAGUGGCGUGAUAGCAGAUGUUGUCAUGAAGUUUAAAUUCACUAGAAGUAGCAAUGGAGCAUCAAUGAAAAGUAAAAUUGAGUCUGUUUUACACCAAAUGCUGAAUAACUCUGGAAACUUGGAAAUAAAUCCUUUUACAGAGAUAACACAACUUACUGGUCAGGAUGCAGAAUAUAUGUUCACCAAAGAAUGUGGGGCCCGUUCAGACCUAAUCACAUUGUCUGAUGAGAGAAUCAUAGGAGGCUCUAAGGCUGAGGAAGGAGACUGGCCAUGGCAAGUCAGUCUACAGCUCAGUAACGUUCACCACUGUGGAGGUGUCCUGAUCAGUAACACAUGGAUACUGACAGCGGCCCACUGCUUCAGAAGCUAUUCUGAUCCUUAUCCAUGGACUGUCACCUUUGGUCUUUCUACAAUAUUUCCUAAACUGAGAGUAAGAGUUCGGACUAUUUUAGUCCAUGAAAAUUAUAAAUCUGGAACUCAUGAAAAUGAUAUUGCACUUGUACAACUUAACAAAGGAGUCACCUUUACCAAAACUAUCCAUAGGGUAUGUCUCCCAGCAGCUACCCAGAAAAUUUUGCCUGGUUCUACUGCUUAUGUAACAGGAUGGGGAUCUCAAAAACAUGGUGGCCACACAGUUACAGAUCUAGAGCAAGCAAAGGUUAAAAUAAUAAGUAAUGAUGCAUGUAAUGCACCAGAAAGUUAUAAUGGAGCUGUUUUGUCUCGAAUGCUGUGUGCUGGAGCUACUAAGGGUGGAGUAGAUGCCUGCCAGGGUGAUUCUGGUGGCCCACUAGUACAAGAAGACUCACGGCGACUUUGGUUUCUCGUGGGGAUAGUAAGCUGGGGGUAUAAAUGUGGUCUGCCAGAUAAGCCAGGGGUGUACACUAGAGUGACAGCCUACCGUGACUGGAUUUACCAAUACACUGGGAUCUAG